GCGGUUAAUUGGCUACAGACCCCACCGUGAUAAGUGAAUUUCCGCGUAGGUAGGAUUCCUCAUUAUUAAUGAAAUAUUUCAUAGUUGCAGCAUAGAAAACCUGUUUAAACUUUCAAAAUAUAUUUUAAGCAUUAUUAAAGACAUGAAAUAACAUUCCUAUAUUCACUUUUCCACUUGUUUUACCAAUAUAGUUGACAUCAUAGGAAAUAAGACGUCUUGGGUAUGAAUAAGACGUUACUUAGACAUUACAUAGUAAAGAGAUAGUAAAGGGGUGUUACUUCAUGUUUAGAGGGCUCUGAUGAUGGUAAAAAUUGUAUUUCGAGGUCUAUUUAUGGUCUUACGAAUAUAUUCAGUUUGUUAAUACUGAAUCAUAUUUCGCAAAAAAUCACUUAUGACAGUCGGGUCUGGAGCCAAUUAACCGCGAUAACGAGGGACGACUGUACUAUACAUAAAUAUGACCAAUGAACAUUUAUCAUCAGAUGAUUUUGUACGUUACAGACUUAAGAGGGGAUGCGAUCAGAGCUGCACUCUUGGUGUUAACCAAGGAACCUUUACAUUACAAUCGUCUUGCAGCAGACGGUACCUUCGUACAUUGCUGCGACUUCUUUCUUGAUUUCAUUAGUAUUUCUCACCUUCUAUGUCAAAGUUCUGCCACUUGCGACUUUAUAACACUCAGAAAUGCGCAGUGCACUUCAACACCAACAUCAGCGCAUGGUGCAGUGCUUCAAAGGAGGAAGGAAGACACGGAUACAGAGUGGUUCCUCGUUCUCUGUGUGUUCUAUGAAUGAGUAAACCACCUACACACACAUAAUAAAGAUGAUUAAAGGAUUCCCUGGCCGUAACCUGUCGUGUCCCAACUCUAAAAGAACCAUUAUCCAUUCUUCACAGAGGCACCAAUCCAUGUUUGGGCACUCAACUUGUUUGUUAGGUGCCCUGUUUGGCUAUACAACAACCGAGAUAGUGUACGAAAACAUAUUUGUGGCAAUAAUUUAAGUCUAAAACCGAUGUUCCACUGUAUAUUGACAAUAUCUUGGUUAAAAACAUUCAGCAAAGCCAACAAAGGGGUGAUUUCCAUGUGGUAGUUCUCUCUCAGGAACAAGCAACAUUUGUACAAUCACAUUACAGUGUUCCUAUUGAUGAUGGUGUUGAGGUGACAAAGCAAAUCAUUUUUUGUUACGCUUAUACUCAAGUAACUCAACAUCCAUCAUUGUAUUGCAAGUGUAAGUUUAUUCUCACAAUUGAAACUUUAUUUUUGUAAAAAAUACAACUAUGCCCCGAAUACUCCUUAAUAAAAAACAAGCAUGCAGAAUAUAAUUAGGUGUGAAUCAGUUCUCCAUCUCACUUCCAUAUUAAGCCUGACUCGUGUGACAAGUACAUCAGUCUCUUCAUCUGCAUAAUGAAUUAGGCCAGCUGAUAGACUUGAUGGAGGCUUUGAAUUUCUCAGAAUAAUUCAGUAGUAAAUCAGGACAAACACUCACGUUAUAGUAACUUAAAUGGCAAUCCUGUUGCCUAUUUAUUAUGUUAAUGUAAUCCUGAUUUGCAUCAUUAAAAGGAAAGUGCGCUGAAGAAGCCUGAAAUACAUGCAAACAUGGCCAUCGUAAAACCAUUAUUAUUUUUUUACUUGUGUUUUUUUCCCCAUAUUUUAGGACAAAGUGAAAGGAGAAAAGGGAAAAAGAAUAUAAUAAUAAUAAUAUAAAUAAAUAAAAGAGGUUAUGCACAGAGUCACAUCUUAUCUUACACUGUCACUGUCCACAGAUUGUAUAUACUGUGUCUGUCCCAUCUUUCCAAUAUUUUUUCCCCUUGUAUUGUUGUAGACAAAAGUCAUAAGUUCCAUUGUUCUUAUAUGUUUAACUGCUGCAAAAGAGCUACAGAGGGGGUGUCUAUUUUGAGCCAACAUUUAACGAUAGCUUUUUCGCAGCAAUGAUCCUCAAUAAAUAUACAUCACGUUGACAUAUUCCCUCUGGAGGUAUACCAAGGAAGAGAGUAAAGAACACUGAAUAUAUGAAUUUUAUCACCUUCUUCAAAAGUCAACAAUACCCGCGCAUGACCGAAAUAUACGUGUCAAGGAACAAAGUGAGCCGCAGGUUGGAACCCAAGAUGCGUGAGACGACGUGAGCUUGGAAGAAGUGUUUAUUCCAAAAACUCAAAAGGAGAAAAAGGUACAACGCAGGCAAAAGUACAAACAAGGAUCUAAUAACUAAGGGGGACCCGGAUGGCAGACGGGAAAAGGCAAUACAACAAAAGGUGCUACCAAAAGAGUAGAUCAAGUAACAGAAGGCGCUGCCGAGUAAUCAGGCAGGAAAAAGGCUAGCAGGAUGCUUACGCUGCUGGAGUGUCCAGGCAGGGGAAAAACAGCAAAAGGCUAGGCAAGUGUUACGAGUAGCUAGUAGCAUGAAGUGGUAGCAGAGGAGCCUGGGUCGAGGAGUAGAAGUCAACGAUCUGGCAACAUCGUCUGGGGAGCUUGCAUCUUAAAAGCAGCACAGGUGAUCAGCCCCAGGUGUUGCCAAUCAUCUCCUCGUGUUGGUGUGCAGGGUGUACUGCAAAAAGAGCACAGGAGAGGGCAGUAUCGCAGUACACAGCACACCACAAUACGGACAUAUAAACGAACAUAUACGAAAUAUACAGACAUGAUCCACACUCCCUCAAACAGAAAAAGGAAGUAGCAAAGACUUUUGAUUUCCGUGUAGGUGUUAUAAAGAAACGGACCAGACUUUAACUAAAUUCUCUCCAGGUAUCAGACUUAGUAGUGCAAUGUUGAGAUUUCCAUCCGACCAAGCAAAGACCCUCUGUGAUCCUCAUCGGUAUGGAACGUUAUUGUCCUCCGUUCAUGUCAAUCAAGGCUGUGGAAUAUUCCCUUUCCAGUUUGUGUGAUUGUAAUUUGUUUCUUUUUUUAUAUGUUUUCUGAAAUGGUAAAGUGUUUCAUAGUUUAAGUGUUUUGCACUUCCCAGCCACCGUACCUUACGUCCCAUUCGUUGUUCCAUAAACAUAUUCUUGUAUGUCGAGCUAACUUUUGUGAAUUUUCCAUUGAAUUUUGAGCUGUCUGUUCGAGGCCUCUCAAGCAGCCAGACAAAUACUGUAUUUACAUUCAUAAACUUCACGAGGAUCUGUGUAUAAAAUUGUGCUGAAAAUUGGAGUGUAAAUCAAUAUCUAGCACAUCUGCCUCACUCGUGCAGAAUAGUGUCUGUGCUAUGUUCGCCUCGUUAUUCUGUCCUGAUUUUGUGCUGUAUGGCUAUGCUAAAAAGGUCACAUUUUAUGUUUUGUGGCUUGCUUUGCAAAAUGUAUAGCUGGUGUUUUAUUCAACAGCAGAAUUCCAGUGUGGUAUGUAUGAUCACUUGGGUUACACAAAAGGUCAUGCAAGCGUGUAAUUUAGCAUUUGCUCUGCUCAAGUGGGAUUUUUGUUAGCGUCUUCCUUGGUCUUCUUUUAAGCGCUCUGCUCUAAUUCACGCCAUCUGUGCAUCCUCCUCCUCUUCCUCCUAUCCUCCUCCAAAAAGUGUUCUUUCAGUGGUGUGUUUUUCUGCCUGCUCUCACUGCUUAGGGGCUCUAUCUCUUGCUCUGUAGCUUUUAUCAUUGCUUUUCUCCCCUUGUCGAUAUGUCUUCCUCCUGAUUUGUCUCCUACCGUCCUCCAUCACCAACUUCCACCCUCCCUCUCGUCUCCCACCCUCCCUCUCCUCACUAGCCUCCCAUGCACACUUGACUCAUUUUACACAUCACGCAGGAUUUCAUCAUAUUCUUCUGUAAAGGGAAUUUCAACUUGUCUCCUUCACUUUUUGUGUGGAUCCGACCCCUAAAGCUGGGACCACUAUGUUUUAUUUCCAGCUGGUCAUCAUGGCAGGCACCGUUUUGUUGGCGUACUACUUUGAGUACACGGACACCUUCCCCGUGCACAUCCAGGGCUUCUUCUGCUUCGACAAAGCCUACUCCAAGCCAUACCCGGGACCAGAGGACUACAGCAAGGCACCGCCUGUCCUCGUCUAUUCCCUCGUUACUGCCAUCCCCACUGUGACGAUUCUGAUUGGAGAAGUGACCGGUUUCUUUGUCAAGUCUGAGGGCGCACAGGAGAAGACCAUUGUGACCGCAGACUGCUGCUAUUUCAACCCUCUCCUCCGGAGGAUCGUACGCUUUCUGGGCGUCUACUCCUUUGGCCUCUUCACAACCACCAUCUUUGCCAAUGCGGGUCAAGUGGUGACAGGAAACCAGACACCCCAUUUCCUGACUGCCUGCAAGCCCAACUACACGGCUCUGGGGUGCCAGUCCUCGCUACAGUACAUCACCGAGCACCGGGCCUGCACAGGAAACCCUUACAUGGUGGCGUCCGCCCGUAAAUCCUUCCCAUCCAAAGACGCGGCACUCAGCUUUUAUUCGGCCAUCUACACCGUGAUGUAUGUGACCCUGGUGUUCCGCACCAAAGGGACCCGUCUGACCAAGCCAACAUUGUGCCUGGUGCUGCUGUCCCUGGCUGUGCUGGUGGGGGUGGUAAGGGUGACAGAGCACAGGAACCACUGGAGUGACGUCCUGGCCGGGUUUGUCACUGGCGGAGCCAUUGCUGCCUUCUUGGUGUCUUGUGUCAUCAACAACUUCCGGCCGACAAAAACGGCAGGGUCGAGCCCUCCUCCGCCUCCAACUACACAGCCUUUGGAGACCCCAGCCGGUAUUCCUCUGCUCAGUCUGCCCCGUGUUGAGAGUCCACUCGAAAAGCUCCAGGGCUACCGUAUUCUGAGAUCACAUGACCAUCAGCCAAUCCCGCACCCCACCCCUGUUCACCAUCCCCUGCGGCGGUGCCUCACCAGCUCAGUCUAGACCUGCCUGGCGACGGCGGCACCAAUCUGCCCUGCCCCGCCCACCAGGGGGGACGGCUUCCUCUCCGUCGGGUGAAGUCCACCCGGGUGUGAAGCUCCACGGACAGAACUGCAUCACGAGACAGACUCAUGGUGGACAUCUGUCUUGUUAGACGGCCUCCAUUUUUGGGUAGAGAAGAGCCGAGGAAAGGCUCAUUAAAAGCCAGCACUGUUGAAGCAAUAUAUCACCUCUUAUUUCCUCAUCCCUACAGAGACUUUAUAGGAAGUCCUACUGGCUUCUGAUGCUUUGAUGAAACCUAUGAAGACCAGUGGAUCACACUCAGGACAAUUUCAUGGAGGGAAAGGGAUGAUUAAAUGUCACCAAAACACUGGUUCAAUCCGGAAGUUUAGUCCAGGGGUGUCCAAACGUUUUCCACUGAGAGCCGCACAGAGAAAAAUGAUCAUAAGUAUGAUAUUCUUCAUAUUUUUAUUCAUAAACAUUCUAAAAUCCAAUCUGGGUGAAGAUAUGCUAAACUAUGUUUUACUACUAUUAUUAUUAUAAUCGCGGCAAUUAAACCUUUUGGAGGGCUUUAACAUGCUCGAAAGCGGACCAAAUCUAAUCAGGUGACAGGACGCUAGGGGUGCCACGAGACACUCAGUUCACGAGACGACCCGCGAGAUUGGGUCUACGAGGACGAGACAAGACGGGAUUUUAAUUUUACGAAUAUUACAAUGAAAAAAUAUUUUAAAAAAUAUACAGUAUGACAAUAUAUUGCAAUCUACUCAUUUAAUUUCUACUGCGUUACACUUCUUCUCUGUGUGUAUGCCUGUGAUGGGCCUGUGUGUAUGAUGGGCAAAAGGGCUCACUCCGUUCUUGCUGUUGUUCUAUGGAACAAACGUGACAAGGCGUUGAAACCAACGCACAGUGACUUCUCUUCCUGCCUGUUUGGAGACGAGAGACAAGGAAAACAUCCAUCCAUCCAUCUUCUAUGCUGCUUAUCCUCACUAGGGUCGCGGGUAUGCUGGAGCCUAUCCCAGCUGACUUUGGGCGAGAGGCGGGGUACACCCUGGACUGGUCGCCAGUCAAUCACAGGGCACAUAUAGACAAACAACCAUAGCUAUGGACAAUUUAGAGUCGCCAAUUAACCUAACAUGCAUGAGGAAACCGGAGUACCUGGAGAAAACCUACGCACGCACGGGGAGAACAUGCAAACUCCACACAGGAAAACAGAGGCUGGUGAAAUGAUCGAGUUUAUUUUCAUUUAUUGUGUGAUUGGUCCAUGAAUUUAUUAUCAUCCCAGGCAUAGUGCCCACGAGACAUUUUUGUCCUGAACGAGAAAUCUUGCCACGUUUUAGUCUCGCAAGAUCUUGCGACGCGACACCCCGCAGGAUGCAUGAAAAUCAUCAAAGACCAUAUACUGUAAGACGCACAGGUAGUCGGCCUUUUUGUAUUGUAUUUGUAUUUGUACUUUAUUUAUCCCACAGCGGGGAAAUUUACUUGUUACAGCAGCAAGCAAGAUAAGCAAGUAAAGAGUACAGUGUAAAGAAAUGCAUAUUGACUACAACAUGGUUCAGGUGGUGCAGGUGUUAUAGAGCCUGACAGCGGUCGGUUCUUACACCAUGGGUGUAACAGUCUGCUGCUGAAGGAGCUGCCCAGGGAAACAACAGUAUCAUGUAGCGGGUGAGAGGUGUUGUCCAUGAUGGAUGUCAGCUUAGCCAACAUCCUUCUCUCCCCCACUUCCUCCACGGAGUCCAGAGGACUGUCCAGGACAGAGCUCGCUCUCCUGAUCAGCCUAUUGAUCCUGCUCCUGUCCCUGUCCGUGCUGCCCCCUCUCCAGCAGCCCACAGCAUAGAAGAUGGCUGAGGCCAUCACAGAGUCAUAAAAGGUCCGUAAAAGAGUCCUGCACACACCAAAGGACCUCAGUCUCCUCAGCAGGUGGAGGCGACUCUGGCCCUUCUUGUAGAGGGCGUGGGUGUUGACGGACCAGUCCAGUUUGUUGUUAAGGUGAACACCCAGGAAUUUGUAGCUGUCUACCAACUCUAUAUCCGCUCCCUGGAUGUUCACCGGUGUGAAAUGGGAUGUUUUCCUCUGGAAGUUAAUGAUCAUCUCCUUUGUCUUGCUGGUGUUGAGUUGCAGCUGGUUAAGCUCACUCCAGCUGACAAAGUCCCUGAUGACCGUCCUGAAUUCCAGAUCAUUCCCCUCUGAAACGCAACCCACAAUGGCUGUGUCAUCGGAGAACUUCUGGAUGUGACACUGAGUGGAGUUAUGUGUGAAGUCCGAGGUGUAGAGGGUGAAGAGGAAAGGGGAGAGCGCCGUACCCUGAGGGGCACCUGUGCUGCAGAGUACCAUGUCAGAUACACAGUGACGGAGCCUCACAUACUGUGGUCUGUUGGUGAGGUAGUCUAUAACCCAUGCAGUCAGUUGUUGGUCCACUCCCACACUCUCCAUCUUCACUCUGAGCAGUGACGGCUGGAUAGUGUUAAAGGCACUGGAGAAGUCAAAAAACAUGACCCUCACAGCUCUCCCGCUGUCCUCCAGGUGUAGCAGUGAUCUGUGCAGCAGGUAGAUCACUGCGUCGUCCACUCCGAUCCGAGGCCGGUAAGCAAACUGCAGGGGGUCCAGCUGAGUGCCCACCAGGGGUCGCAGGUGCUGCAGGAUAAUCCUCUCCAUGGUCUUCAUCAGGUGAGAGGUCAAGGCAACAGGCCUGAAGUGGUUAGGCUCCUUGGGACGUGGUGUCUUUGGUAUCGGGACAACACAGGAGGUCUUCCACAGGGCCGGGACUUUCUCCAGGCUCAGGCUGAGAUUGAACAAGUGCCUGAGAACUCCACAGAGCUGGUCAGCACAGUCCUUGAGGAUUCUAGGGCUGAUGCCGUCCGGUCCCGGGGCCUUCCUUGCCUUGAUCUUCUUCAGCUGACUUCUCACCUGAUCAUCAGUUAUGGAGAGGGGGGUAGAGGAUGGCUAGG